UGCUAGACAUUAUCAUAGAGGUACCGUUUGCGCUGCUCGCGGUCACGCGGACCGGGCCCGAGACGCCGCAGCUGUGCGCGCACGCGGCCGAUUCGAGCGAAAUAAGCAGCUUUUAAGUGCUCUUGGACGGAAAACACCUGACACGCAGGCGCGCGCCCGCGCUCGCGCUCCUUGGAUCAGAUCCGUAUGGUGUCCGUCACCAAAGAAUGAAAACUGGCAGAACAAUAGAGGAUUAGAUGAAGAUGCACUUAGUCUAGUUAGUUUAUGAAUCAUUACACUUUAUUACAGCUUUUUUCUUUUCCUGUUUAGAGCCAAAUGGUUGUGACACGCGCAUGAACUUGUUUUAUCAUAACCUAAAGAAGACGCGAACGCUGGAUGGAACAGAUGUUCACCAGAGACCGACACAAAUUGCGAAGCUUCAAUAUCAGCCGAAGGUCCUUGAUGUUAAUCGUCGUCUGCUCACGAAGCGUCGGGGUUUUUUUUUUUCUCAAGCUCACCGUGCUCGGGAGCAGAACCCGAUCUGCGCGUGUGUUUUGACUGGCUGAUUGGAAACACAUUUCCCAGCCCGCAUCGCCGCAGCUCAGAGAGCCGCUCGGGGAAUCUGGGGUGGUGUCGUCGCGGAGGAAAGUGCGAAGCCUCUCGCUCGCUCUGCGCCAUCUGUGAACGCAGACUGCGCCUCUUUCACAACCGCUCCCCCGCUCUCACCAGCGCCACACCUCACAAUUGGACCGCGAACACGGACUCGAUCCCCCUGUGAGGUCUGGAUGGGUGGAGACUGGACGGGGCGCGUCACCGCCACUCCCCGGUCUCUCCCGCACCUCCCGCGCCUCUCCACGCGCAGAUUGACGCCGAGCGAGGAUGAGCAGCACCCCGCGUCGCCGCACCGUGCCACGUGCGCGCUCUGCCUGAGGGGAGGACGGAGGGACGCGGUUUAUGUCUUCCGAGCGUCGUGGGGCUCGUCUUUUGGAUGUCAGCGCGUCGUUUGCCAUCUGGCACGGGGCCCACGGCGUGAAGUUCCCUUUGGCGCAGGGAUCGGCGCUAAUGAUUGCGCCGCGCGUCGUCCUCCCCGGCUGUACACAGCGUCGUCAUGCAGCUCGCGGCGUUUUUCAGAUGACACCCGUCCGUUUUGCGCCGCGCCAUGUCCUUCUGUCGGACCGAUGUGGACAAUGAAGUUAUGGGAUAGCCUGGCCACCUGUUUGAUUCUGCUGAGCGCCGUGUGCGCCGGCCCGCUGCCCCGAAGCCGCCGGGAGCCCACCUCCAAUAAAAGGAGAGCCCGGGAGCUCCCGCCCGUUCGGAUCCGCCUGUCCGUCACGUCCCAGGGCGUCGGGCGCGUCGAGGCGGAGACGGCGGAGACGGCGGACUGGGAAGAAGCGCUGGCUGCAGGAGAGAAACACAUCAUGGGGGACACUUUCCUCCCAAGUGACUUCGAGAACGUGGUGGACUUCAUAGAAGUGAGCACCAGCAGAACGCGCCGCUCCUCCUCACCUACCUCCUCCUCCAACACCUCCUCCCCCUCCCCCUCCCAGGGAGCCUGGAGCAGCAGGACUCGGCACCGGAGGGAGAGGAAGAAGGGAGGGAACCAGCAGCCGAGCGCUAGAGGAGCCGGAGCCGGAGCCGGAACCGGAGCCGGGUCCAGAGGCGGCGGCCGGGCCCAGGGCUGCGUUCUCAAGCAGAUCCACCUCAACGUGUCCGACCUGGGCCUGGGCUACCGCUCCGGCGAGGAGAUGAUAUUCAGGUACUGCUCGGGGCCGUGCAGGAGGUCCGAGACCAACUACGACAAGAUCCUUCGCACGCUGGCUCACAGCAGGAGGCUGCCGGCCAGAGAGGCGCCGCCGCAGGCCUGCUGCCGGCCCAUCGCCUUCGACGACGACCUCUCCUUCCUGGACGACAGCCUGGUUUACCACACCGUGAGGAAGCACUCGGCCCGGAAGUGUGGCUGCGUGUAGGCCUCGUCCUGUGUAUUUCUGCGCUGCACGUACCGUGUUGAGCUUCUCUGCUUCCGACUUUUUUCACAUUGUGCAGAGCGUUUCGGGUGUGAUUGUGUGUGACUUCCAUCAGUAAAGGAGUAAAGAAGGAAAAGCGGGUGGCAUCAGUUGAUUUUUUUUUUUUUUGCCCCGAAGCAAUAAUUCCAUCGUUCACGGCACCAACACCUUAAAUCUAAAAUGUGUUGAGUCUGACAGUUUUGGAACAAUGAUUUACGUGUAUAGUUUAUGAUAAACCAUGUCCAAUAUGAUUCAUGGAGAAAUAUACACAACACGUAUUUAUAAAAUCUUGAAUGUAUUAACUUAUUGAUAUUUAUUUUUGUUUUUAUAAGAUGAAUAAAUUUUAUUUAUUACUACAUUUGUGUCAAAGGCUUAACUCAAGAUGUCAAGAGCUCGCUCUUCAUCUUCAAACUGCUUUAUAGCUUUAAAAUCCACCCUGAUGGACCGACUAAAGCCUGAAACUGAGGGAACUGAAUAGUGGCAGAACUGAAUCAUGAUGUUUUUGACUCUUUGUGUGUAAAAGAGGGAGAACAAUUGAAGAACAGCGCAUUAGUGGCCUAUUGAGAGAAAACAUGAACCGUGAGGAUGAAUAGGGUACGGAACGGGAUAUGGACAGGAACAUACAUUAACCAGCAGUGAAAGACGUAUAGAGUGCAGCUCCUACAGUGUAGGAAUAAAAGGAAGCUGAGACUGGGACGGGGGAAAAACAGGUCUGACAGCAUAAAGAAAGCAGCAACACAAUGAUCAAAGAGGUUACGAGAAAAAGAAGAAUGAGGGAAGGAGGACUUCAAACACACAGCAACAAACACCAGGACAGGACAACGACUGGGAAAACGGGAGCAGAAGAGAGGCUGCGAACGUCCAGAUGAGACUGGAGAAGAACCUGAGAACAGGACGCGCCGCUCAAGUCGAGCUUCGAUACGCGAUCCGCCCGCGGCAGGCUUCCGUUUCACAGCCUGUCCCCUCCA